AUGGCAGGACAGAGCCUUACUUCCAUCGUUCCCAACGAAAUCAUCGACCUCGUCUUGGGCAACUUCGUACUUCCCGAUGGGUUAUCAUGCUUCAAGGACCAAGAGCAGCACAAAUCAGAUCGGCCAUCUCUCUACAACGCCUGCUUAGUAUCCAGUCGACUUUACAACUCGGCAUUCAUACAGUCGGUCGUUGUCACCAUAGAUGUCGAAGGUCUGGAACAAUAUAGAGAUGAUUUUCUCGCCGGCGAGUGGAACGCCGGAAGUACAAGCAUACGGACAGAGACGCUCACUGCUUACGAGCACGAACUCAUCCGGGAAGUACAACUUCCCGCCUCGGGCACGAUCUCCCACGAAGCAAGAAGCAACGAUGAGGAAUUUAUGGGCUUGCCGGGGGUGCUGGUUAUCCUGCUUCUGGGCCUCGCGACCCAUGCGAAGGAGCUGGUACUGCCUGACUCAAGCCACCCAUCCAAAGGUAGCAACCUGUUCCGCCACCAGUUGCGUCAGCUGCUUCAGAACGGCUUGGUUAGAGAACACAUCCUGCGCUUAGUCCAAACGAUACACAUGGUUCGGCGGCACUUGGUGCCUCGGACGCACUUGGAUAAAACGCGCCGCUGGCACAGCAUGUAUGGCUCGCUGUUUUCCCGGCCUUUGCUCACAAGGGUGACCGUACGAAGCGACAACGGUUAUUGGCACAAGUUUCUCAGAUACGGUCCGAGCAACGUCAAAGAAAUCCAGCUACAGAGAACGGACUGCUGCGCCGACGGCAUACGCAACAUCGGCCUGCUUUGCCCCAAAUUGGAGACGUUGAAGGUGGUGGCGCGUGACCGCCACUUUUCAUAUUACGGCAGGCGUGUCGGAGGACCACAUGGGGAUAUCAGCGAUGCGCUCUUUGAGACCAUGCCGCGUCUGCGGAGCCUGAGUUUCUGA